AUGGGUAAGCCGACGAGGCGUGCAAAGUUGUUCGAAAAAUUCGACGAGCAUAUUGAAAAAGAUCAUGACCCAGAGGCCGAGCAUGUAGCAGCCAGCGAUAGUGACGAUAGCAGCGACAACGAAAAUGCUGGCACAGAGCACUAUGUCGAUGUCGGAAAGAGCAAACUACGCCAAAAAGGAGAAAACUCUCUCGGACCGCAAUACAGAGGCUCAAAAGUGAGCCGCAAUGCGCUAGAACAGCAGAGCUCGGACGAGGAGGAUGAAGGUGAAGAUGAUGAUGAGGAAUACGACGACCCCGAAACAGCGGAUCUCGAGGCCGAUACAGCGGAGGCUAGCGAUUCAGAAAUAAGCAGCGAUGAUGCGCUCGGCGAAUCGGACAACGAGAAGCUCAGCAAAUUUGUCUUUCGCGGUAGCUCCAAUCCAAGAAAGCCCAGGAGUAACCGUGCCACCGCCGCAGACUACAUGUCAGACUCUGACGAGGAGGGUACUGAUCUCGACCUCGAAGAGGAUGACGACGAAGACGAGGACAUCGACGACGGAUUGGAGGCCUUAAUAGAUGGCGAGGCUGAGGAAAGUGAUGAGGGAGAGGAUGAAGACGAGGAGGACGACGAUGAUGAUGAAGAAGAUGAAGAAGAAGAAGAUGAUGAUGAUGGGGAUGAAGAGGACGAGAAGGACGACAAAGCUUCGAAAGCCAAACCAGGCAUGAGCGACCGAUCACCAAACGCCGACAUCGAGAAAGGCGCAGCAAUUCAAAAACAACGGAAACUUUACGAUGGUUUACUGAAUCUACGCAUCCGCUUACAAAAAGCGCUCGUGGCAGCCAACACAUUUAGCGCAUUGGAGGAAGAGCAAGAAGAGGAAGGAACCGCCGAAUCCUACGACACAGCCGAAGCUACUGCUCUCAGUCUACUAAAUACGAUCAGCAGCCUGCGAGAAAAUUGUGGCGCGCCAGUCGUGUCAGGAACCAAGAGAAAGCGCGACUAUGAGGCGUCAUCAACGAGUGCCGAAAUCUGGGAACAAUUACAAGAGGAGGAUAGGUGCGCACUCAAGUUUCGCGAAAAAUGUCUGGAGAAAUGGUCCCGCAAAGUGCAAAGCGUCAACGUGACAGCACCCAAGGCUUUCGGCUCGCGAAACAAGACGCUCGUCGACUCCCUUCAAGACCAGCUCAACGAUCCAGAGAAGCGUCUAGCGAAGCGCACACGCGUGCCGCGCUCGUGCGCCCCCGCGCAGCACGCCAAGAAGAUGGCCGAGGACAAGACCAUCUUUGACGACGCCGACUUUUACCAGCUGCUGCUCAAGGAGCUAGUGGAGCAGCGCACAGUGGACUCGUCGUCCAACCAGACGAGCGCAGUGCCGUCGGUCGUCUUGACGGCGACGCGCGAGAACAGGACGCGCAAGGUCGUAGACCGAAAAGCCAGCAAGGGCCGUAAGAUGCGCUUCACCGUCCACGAGAAGUUGCAGAAUUUCAUGGCGCCCGAGGACCGGCGGCAGUGGGAGCAGAGCGCGAUUGAUCGUCUCUUCAGCACGCUCUUUGGGCGCAAGCUGGAGCUCAAUGAGGACGAGGCGGACGAGGACGAGGACAUGGUUGACGUUGCGGACGCCAACUUUAAGUUGUUUGCGUAA